AUGUCGAAACGCAAGUCAGAGGAACCUCUUGAGAACCUGCUUGUCGAGGCGUCGCCGUCGAAUAAGAGACCCCGUGCGGAAGACGUCCCAGAAGGGGUACCCGAAUCAACUUCCACGAUACGAAACGGCGCAAACCAUGAGAGGAAGCCUCUUUCCACGAACGGAGGAACGAGCGCAGUCAGGGAAGAGGCCGACGAAAACCCUGAAUCCGACAGCGACACUGAAGAUGACAGACUUCCCAACGCUCCUUUGCGACAGGCCGCACCAACGGAGGGAUACUGCGAUCUCUAUCUAGACACGAUUAAUCGGACACUACUCGAUUUCGACUUUGAAAAACUCUGUUCCAUCACUCUCUCCAAUAUUAAUGUGUAUGCAUGCCUCGUAUGCGGAAAGUAUUUCCAAGGCAGAGGCCCGAAAUCGCACGCAUACUUCCACGCUCUCGAAGUCGAUCACCAUGUCUAUAUCAAUAUGGAGACUAAGAAAGUUUACGUAUUGCCUGAAGGUUAUGAGGUUCACAAUAAGAGCUUGGACGACAUCAAAUAUGUGGUUGACCCCAAAUUCACCGAGGACGAAGUGCGCAAGUUGGACAAAGAUCCCAGAGUCUCGACUGAUUUGUCGAACAAGAAAUAUAGGCCUGGAUUCAUUGGCAUGAACAACAUCAAGGCGAAUGACUACCUGAACGUGGUUGUGCAGGCUCUAGCCCAUGUUGCGCCGAUCAGGAACUUCUUUUUGUUGCACCAAUUCCCGCAGACGACACCACAACUCCCGGUACGAUUCAGCGCGUUGGUACGAAAGAUCUGGAACUCCAAAGCCUUCAGAUCCCAUGUGUCGCCCCAUGAACUCUUGCAAGAAAUCGCACUGAGAUCAUCCAAAAAAUUUACUCUUACCCAACAAUCAGAUCCAGUGGAAUUCCUGUCUUGGUUUCUCAAUACUCUACAUCUGAGCCUUGGCGGUUCGAAGACGAAGCUCUUGUCGUCCAUCAUCCAAAGGACUUUCCAAGGAAAACUACGGGUAGAGUCACAAGCCAUUACCGCAAAGUCCGACACUACUGGCGACCGGCUUAGAUUCGAAGAUUCCUCUACCAUUACAACCAAUACUACUCCUUUCAUGAUCCUUACUCUCGAUCUACCUCCUGUUCCCCUAUUUCGAGACGCUGUCGAGUCAAAGAAUAUCAUCCCCCAGGUGCCACUGACGACUCUAUUGCAAAAGUACAAUGGCAUCAACGCGUCGGAGAGACAAGCACACCGAGUUCGUCAUCGCUUGUUACACCCGCUUCCACAAUACUUAUUAUUCCAUGUCAAACGAUUCUCCGUGAACAAAUUUGUCUCGGAGAGAAAUCCCACCAUUGUGACGUUUGGGUCGCCCAAAGGCUUAGAUAUGUCACCGUAUGUCGAGCCAAAUCCUGCUCUCCAUCCUCCCGGCGAGCCUAUUCUCUACGAGCUGGCUGCCAACAUUAUUCUCGACACAACAUCUGUAUCCACUGGCGGUGGGGAGGAUUCUAAUGCUGCUGAUGCUGCCAACUUGGCCGCUGGCGCUGACGGACAAAGAGUGGCUUGGAAGGUGCAGCUUCACGACAAAGCAGUUGCCUAUGCGAAGAGGAACGACCUGCCAGAGUGGAUGGAAAUUCAAGAUCUGUAUGUAGAGAGAGCUGAAGCAGAAACAUUGUUCACCAGAGAGGGAUAUCUCAUGGUGUGGGAGCGGAAAAAAGAAAAGCCUAAAGCAAACGGCAAUGCUCCAGGUAAAUCAAGAGCGUAA